AUGUCUGACAAGCUUACUCGUAUUGCUAUUGUCAAUAGUGACAAAUGCAAACCGAAGAAAUGUCGCCAAGAGUGUAAAAAGUCUUGCCCCGUCGUCCGUACCGGAAAGCUCUGUAUUGAAGUGACGCCGGAAUCCAAGAUCGCCUUCAUCUCGGAACGCCUUUGCAUCGGUUGCGGUAUCUGUCCUAAGAAAUGUCCUUUCGGUGCCAUCCACAUUAUCAACUUGCCCACAAACUUGGAAACCGAGGUCACCCACCGUUAUUCGGCCAACAGCUUCAAGCUUCACCGUCUUCCUAUGCCUCGUCCCGGUCAGGUCCUUGGUCUUGUUGGAACAAACGGUAUCGGAAAGAGUACCGCUUUGAAGAUUCUUAGCGGCAAGCUGAAGCCCAAUCUCGGACGCUACGACAACCCUCCCGAUUGGGAAGAGAUUUUGAGAUAUUUCCGUGGUUCGGAGCUGCAGAACUACUUUACCAAGGUCCUGGAAGACAAUCUGAAGGCCGUGGUGAAGCCCCAGUAUGUCGACCAGAUUCCUCGGGCUGUGAAGGGCCCAGUCAAGAACGUUGGGGACCUCAUCAAGGCUCGCUCUCAGAUGGACAACAUGGAGCGCAUCAUGGAUGCUCUUGAACUUAGACAGGUACAGGACCGCGACAUUGACCACUUGUCUGGUGGUGAACUUCAACGUUUCGCUAUUGGUCUUGUUUGUGUGCAAAAGGCCGACGUGUACAUGUUUGACGAGCCGUCUUCCUACCUCGAUGUUAAACAGCGUUUGGCGGCAGCCCGCUCUAUUCGUGAGCUUCUGCGCCCUGAUGACUACGUCAUUGUUGUCGAGCACGAUUUGUCCGUCCUUGACUACCUUUCCGACUUCGUCUGUGUGCUCUACGGUAGACCUGCUGUCUACGGUGUGGUUACACUUCCUUCUUCUGUCCGUGAAGGUAUCAAUAUCUUCCUGGAUGGUCACAUCCCUACCGAGAACCUUCGGUUCCGCGAGGAGUCUCUGACUUUCCGUCUGGCUGAGGCUGGUGAUGACUUCAUGGUUGACAAGGCCCGUGCUUUCACCUACCCGAGCAUGGAGAAGACUCUUGGCAAUUUCCACCUGAAGAUCGACUCUGGUUCAUUCACCGACUCCGAAAUCAUUGUCAUGAUGGGUGAGAACGGAACUGGCAAGACUACUUUCUGUAGAAUGCUCGCUGGUGCCGAGAAGCCUGACGGCAACGUCAGCAUGCCCCGCAUGCACAUCAGCAUGAAGCCUCAGAAGAUCACACCCAAGUUCCAGGGUACCGUGCGUCAGCUCUUCUUCAAGCGUAUUAAGGCUGCUUUCCUUUCGCCUCAGUUCCAGACCGAUGUCUACAAGCCCCUCAAGAUCGAUGACUUCAUCGACCAGGAAGUUCAGAACCUGUCUGGUGGUGAAUUGCAACGUGUUGCUAUUGUCCUUGCCCUCGGAAUGCCGGCCGAUAUCUACGUGAUCGACGAGCCUAGCGCCUACCUUGACUCCGAACAGCGUAUCGUCGCUGCCAGAGUCAUCAAGCGUUUCAUCAUGCACACCAAGAAGACCGCUUUUAUUGUCGAGCACGAUUUCAUCAUGGCUACCUAUCUCGCUGACCGUGUCAUUGUCUUUGACGGCAAGCCGUCUGUUGACGCGCACGCCAAUACCCCCGAGUCUCUGGUCACUGGUUGCAACACUUUCUUGAGAAACCUAGAUGUCACCUUCCGUCGUGAUCCCAACAGUUACCGUCCUCGUAUCAACAAGUACAACAGUCAGAUGGACCAGGAGCAGAAGUUGGCUGGCAACUUCUACUUCUUGGAGGAAGAGAGUUGA